UUUGAUCGGCUCUCUACCUUAGUCUAGGGUUUAUAAACCUACCCUCGAUCCGCCGAAACCUCUCUCUCUGUCUAUCUCUUCUCUCCUCUCUCUCUCUAGCGACCAACUCUCUCCUCCUCCGACCAGGAUACCGACCCCGUGGCAUCUGAUCCAUACUCACCAAGGAACCAAUACCGAAGCCCUAUUAUGGUAAAAGAAUCCAGUUUACCUUGAAGGUGUACAGUCGCCUGCCAUGGUUGUGGUUCCUUACCGGUGCACAGUGAAGGCGACCUAGUUACACCUGAUCAUGUGCAGCGGGUGUUUAAUACUUGGUGGUGCAUGCAGGAUGUUGUGUAUAAGGAAAAGGUGAAUAAUGAUCUGGAGUAGUGCACUCUUGUACAACUCAGCUCAUUGCAUUCUCUAUUGGCGAUAGUUUUCAAGAGUGUUGAUUGUGUCUUCUAUCUGUAGAAUUUAAGGCGAGGGCUGUGUUGCGCUUGUGUUUGCUGUAGUUUUGGACCUUUGGUGUAGCAUGUCGAAUAAUCUUGUUUCGCAGCCGUUAUCGGUACCAAGCAGCCAGAUGGGUCAUACUCUCAACAACCUAGAGGUGUCAAUCCCAAACAUGGAAAUGGGAAUAAUUUCCAGUAGUCCUAGAUCGCAAUCGUUGAAGAUGUCAAACCAGCAAAUGGAUUUUGUGGAACCCAUGUCUAAUACUUAUGUCCUACGCAACCCACAAGUAUUAAACAGGCAAAUUGGACACACUGAAGGAUUGCAGCAGUACUUGAUGCCAAAUCAGCAAGUUGGUCAUAUGGAAGGUAUGUGGAACAACUUUGGUUCGCAAAAGGUAUUACCGAGUAAGCGUAGGGCAAUGGGAGAAACCAUGGCUAGUAAUCCCAUGGGGCAACAGUUAUCAAUGCCAAACAAGAAUGUGACGCGUAUGGAACCUUAUACCAAUAUCCCGGGGUUAAAUCAACCAGCAUCACCAAAUAAAAGAAUUGUAUCCGGUUCUGCUACCCCAGGUUCACAAAAUUUUCCAGCAACAAAUAAGAAAAUGGCACGGAAUGACUCCAUUUCAGGCAAAUCUGGCACUAAGCAAUUGCAGACUCCGAAGAAUCGAACUACCCAAGCGGAACCAUCUCCAAAAGCUCAGUCUGAGUCAUUUGAAUCUGUGAGGUCGAAGAUGAGAGAUUCAUUGGCUUCUGCAUUGGCAUUGGUUACUCAGGGUCAAGAUAAAUCUCCAAACGAGGAAAAAACUUCUGAGAAUGUAUCUGAAAACCCUACAGACAGUUUACCAUCAAAAGAACCUAGUUCUUCCAAUAAAAUCAAUGAUGUCCAAGUGACACCUCGGGGAAUAUUUACUACCGAAAGCUUGCCCAAUGAAGAUGUAUCAUUUGCUGACAGUUUCUUUGUCAAGGAUGAUCUUUUGCAGGGAAAUGGUCUCACUUGGGCAUGGGAUCUCGAUGUAGAUAUGGGAGAAAGAAAGGAGGACGAACAUGUUUCAAAAAAACCUAAGUUGGUAGAUCAAGACAUAAAGCAAGAAGUUCGGUCUCCUCAAAAUUUGGCUUUUAAAAUUGAAGCGGAACUCUUCAAAUUCUUCGGAGGUGUCAAUAAGAAGUACAAGGAGAAGGGGAGGUCUCUUCUGUUUAAUCUAAAAGAUCAUAAUAAUCCAGAACUGCGAGAAAGAGUUAUGUCUGGCGAUAUUCCCCCUGAACGUUUGUGUUCAAUGUCAGCGGAGGAUCUUGCUUCGAAGGAGCUUUCUCAGUGGCGAAUAGCAAAAGCAGAAGAGCUAGCACAAAUGGUAGUUUUGCCUGAUUCUGAUGUUGAUAUGAGGCGUCUGGUGAAGAAAACGCACAAGGGUGAGUUCCAAGUGGAAUUUGAACAAGAUGAUGGUGUUUCAGUUGAAGUAUCUGUUGGAACAAGUUCUCAUACUAGUGUUGAAACGGAAAACAAGGAAACAGAAACGGAUAACAAGGAAACAGAUGAACUCAAAGAUAAAGAGACUGUUGGAGGCGAGAAGGUUAGUUCCGGAAACCAGGAUAUUUCAUAUAGCCUUAGCAUUCCAAGUGAUGGGACUGAUUUAAUGCAAGGUCUUAUGGUGGAUGAAUUCAAGGAUGCUGAAUUCCUUCCUCCUAUUGUCUCGCUUGACGAGUUUAUGGAAUCUCUUGAUGCGGAACCUCCAUUUGAGAAUUUAGCAGUGGUUGAUGGAAAGGCAAUAUUGCCCUCAGAUAAGGACAGCUCAGAGGGUGACUAUAAAGCAGAUGGUGGAAAGAGGUUACCACAAUCAGAGAAGGAAAGCUCGGAGGGCGGCUAUCAAGGGAUACAUACUGACGUAGCUACCAAAGAACCUGUGGACACAACCCCAGAAAAGUCUGAUAAAGUAGAAGUAAAAUAUGCAGAUUCAGAUGUGAAGAUGAAAGCCAAGGAUACUCCUAUAGAACCAAAGCCUUCUCCUCAUGGCGCUGUAUACAAGGGUGAGCGUGUCUGGGAAGGUGUACUUCAGCUGAAUGUGUCAACCUUGGUAACAGUCGUCGGCUUCUUUAGAAGUGGUGAGAAAAUAUCCACAAAAGAUUGGCCCGUCGCUCUUGAGAUCAAGGGGAGAGUCAGAUUGGAUGCGUUUGAGAAGUUUGUUCAAGGGCUUCCCAUGUCUCGAAGUCGUGCAGUCAUGAUUGUCCAUUUUGCUUUGAAGGAGGGAUCCUCUGAGAACGAUCAUGCACACCUUGGCGAGGUGGUUGAAUCAUAUGUUGCAGACGAGAGAUUAGGAUUCGCAGAGGCGUCGAAAGGAGUGGAAAUUUAUUUCUGCCCUCCGCACCCGAAAAUAGUUGAAAUUCUCACCAAGAACCUAUCCAAAUACCAGUCUGAGAAUCUUAAUUCCACCGGGAAAAAUGGCCUAAUUGGUAUGAUUGUAUGGAGAAGACCUCAUUUAAGUUCUUCUGCAAUGUCGCCCAACUCCUCACACCACCAAAAUCACACCUCAAAAAGGCAACAAUUCACACCUACCAUACACCAAGAAAAACAUACCGCAGAUAGGAAUGUGAAUUUUCCAUCCAAACAAACACUGUCUGCGGCCCCACCUCGUGUGGCUGUCGAUGAUGGCGAUGAUGAUGAUAUCCCUCCCGGGUUUGGCCCUGCCCGGGAUGAAGAUGACUUGCCCGAAUUUAAUUUCUCCAAUCCCUCUCUGCCAAGUCCUUCCAAUCAAAUCCAAUCUCGUGGGUCAAAUACCCCGGCUCCCCCUCUAGACCAAAUUAGAGAACUCAUUCAUAAAUAUGGCCAAACCGGAAAUAAUGUUGAUUCAAGGAAUGUUGGAGGAAUGGGAAAUCAACAGUGGAAUGCUGAGGACGAUGAUGAUGACAUUCCAGAGUGGCAACCAAGUGCACCGACCCAGCAGAAAAUGCCCGCUCAUCCACUGCCGGUUCAUAACUUUCAAAUGCCUACGCCGCCUCAUUUUGGAGCGGCAAUGGCACAACCGCUGCCUCCACGGCUGCAAGUUGUAACGCCUUCGCAACCUCCGGUCAAUGUGGUGCAGGGUGGUGCUAGGUGGGCUCAGCCACCCAGUUAUGAUAACCGGCAGCACCCUAGUAAUUUAGGUAGCCACCAAUCCGGUGGUGGCGGGCAGUACUACGGAGGGCCCCCGGCGAGAACCGGGCAUACGGGCGUGGACCGGCGACGGGGUGGUGGCCGUAGGAAGUAGGGAUUUUUUUUGCUUUGACCUUCAUAUUGUACAAAGUUUCUUCUUCUUCUUUUGCUAGAGAGAGAGAGGUACAGCUCUGUAAUCAUAAAUGCUUAUGCCUGUAGUUGUUUUUAGUUCUUGAGGCAAAUCUCAAUAGACCAACUCGCCUUCUAUUUCA